GGGGAGUCGGGGUGGCGGCCGCCGCGCCUCUGGGGACCUUCCGCGCCCCAGGCCGGCCCAGCGACGAGCUCCCACCAGCUGGGUGUAGACCAGGGGGAACUGCGGACUCACCUACGAGAUUUACGGUCCCCUGCGCCAUCUUGCGUCCAUUGCGUCCGAAUUCCGCGCCGCACACUGCUGCUUCCUUUGCGGUCUCACGAUUUCUGGGCGCUGGAGGAAGCUCCGGGGAGUACAGAAGUCUCGCGAUGAUACGGCAUUCUUCCGAGACGUGGAAGCAGAGAGGAAGGCUCUAGCUCUCGUAGUGUCGUUCACUGCCCCUGACCAGUGAGGCCCGGAGAGCUGCGGACUCCUCUCGGGUCCGACGGAGUCUACUCUGCCGCAGAAGGGCAUAUCCCUGAACUGUCAAGGUUAUCCAUGGAUGUUUUGGUUAUUUGGAACUGUCGUACUCAAAUAUUUGACACCUAAAACCUUUGUAGAUGAUGGAGAUUUGCUUCUGCGGCACUGGCAGGGAUCCGCCGUUCUUCUCGCGGCUUCUGCGGCCAGAGCAGACCACCACACAACCGCCUUCGGUCUUCCUUCCACACCUCGGGAAGAAAGGCGUAUUAUCGCGAGAGUUCCGUACUCCCGGGAGCGUCCGUCAACGACCAGAUCACGUGAGACCGUGAAGAGAGCAGCAGCCUGGGGCGCGCGAGGCGGGGGAAAGUGAAUCCACAGCUACACCGGGGCUCCCCUCAGGUGGCGGAAGCGGGUCGUUGGCUUGGCUAUCCGGACCCGCGCGUACCCACUGUAGUGCGAGGGCUUGGGGGAGACGUGCGUGUGCUGGCAGCACCCGCCCGCGGAUACAAGGUUUGCUCACCUACUGCAUGUCUGAUUGUGAGUGAAAAUCCAGAGGAAGACGUUUGCCAGCUGAGCUAUUGACAAUGCAACCAUGGGAGUUAAUGACCUUAAAAGAUGUAGCUGUAGACUUCACCCAGGAAGAGUGGGCAUUGCUAAACACACCCCAGAGAAAGCUAUUCAGAGAAGUGAUGCUGGAGAAUAUCAGUCAUCUGGUCUCAGUGGGAUGUCAGGUCUACAAAUCAGAUGUGCUUUCCCAGUUGGUACAAGGAGAAGAAGUGUGGAGAGAAGAAAUAGGAUUUUUCCAAAACCCGAGUCCAGGCAGGAGAAGUGGCUGUAAAAAGCAAGAAAUAAUAUUCAUGCAACUUACCUGCAGGAAGGACAAUUCUAACAUCAUGUCAUUGCAGAUAUCUCACCCUCAAAAGAAUUUCCUUCAAUGUAAUUAUUUGCAAGAACAUUCCACUCUCAGCUGCAUGGCAACUCAACAUGCAUUAAUUUCCAUGAGAAAGAAACUGUAUUUAAGCAAACCACUUGGAAAACUCCUCAGUGACCAGUCAUCUUUUAAUCAACAUAGGCAAAUUCACACUAGAAAUAAAUCAGAUGAAUGCCAUCAAAGUUCUAAAACCUGUACUAAAAGCUCUGGUCACAGACAAUGCAAUGGAACUCAAACUGGAGAAAAACCCUAUGAAUGCCACCUAUGUGGGAAAGACUUUAGUCAAUAUUCUUAUCUUAGGAAACAUGAGAGAACACACACUGGAGAUAAAUCAUAUGAAUGCCAUAACUGUGGGAAAGCCUUCAUUGAUCAUUUUCACCUCAGACGCCAUGAGAAAACUCACACUGGAGAGAAACCCUAUGAAUGCCAUACAUGUGGAAAAGCCUUCAGCCAGUAUCCUUAUCUUAGACUGCAUGAGAGAAAACACAGUGGAGAGAAACCCUAUGAAUGCCAAACAUGUGGGAAAGCCUUCUUUGAUUGUUCUGGCCUCAGAAAACAUGAAAAAACUCACACUGGAGAGAAACCCUAUGAAUGCAGUCUAUGUGGGAAAACCUUUAGUGGGUGUUCUGGUCUCAGACAACAUAAGAGAAUUCAUACUGGAGAGAAACCUCAUGAAUGCCAUCUAUGUGGGAAAGCCUUCAGUCAAUAUUUUGAUCUUAGGAAACAUGAGAGAACACACACUGGAGAGAAACCCUAUGAAUGCCCUACUUGUGGGAAAGCCUUCAGUCAAUGCUCUAUUCUCAAACAACAUAAGAGAACUCAUACUGGAGAGAAACCCCAUGAAUGCCAUCUAUGUGGGAAAGCCUUCAGUCAAUAUUCUCAUCUUAAAAAACAUGAAAGAACACAUACUGGAGAGAAACCCUAUGAAUGCCAUACAUGUGGGAAAGCCUUCAGUGAAUAUUCUUAUUUUAGAGUACAUGAGCGAAAUCACAGUGGAGAGAAACCAUAUGAGUGCCAUACCUGUGGGAAAGCCUUCAGUGAACGCUCUUAUUUCAGAAAACAUGAGAGAAUGCAUACUGGAGAGAAACCCUAUGAAUGCCAUACCUGUGGGAAAGCCUUCAUUCAAUGCUCUGCUCUCAGACAACAUGAGCGAACUCACACUGGAGAGAAACCCUAUGAAUGUCAUCUAUGUGGAAAAGCUUUCACUCAGAGUUCUUCCCUCAGGAAACAUGAGAGACUGCAUAGUGGGCAAAAGCUAUGAGUCUCAUCUAUAUUUAAAAUCUUAAUUUUUCUGUUCUUAGACAACAUGAAAUUAUUCAUAUAGACUGAAAGCAUUCAGUCAAUAUUCUGACCUUAGAUGAAAUGAGAGAACUCACACUACACACAUUUUAAAAAUGGAAGGGCUUCAGCCAUAGCUUUAAACACACCAGAGAACACACAUACUGAAGAAACACUGUUUACAGUCAAUAUGGUAGGUCCUUUAGCUAUGUGUACUAUUUUAGUUAAUAUAAAGAAAUUCAUACAUGAGAGAAUUUGCAUGAAUAUCAUCUGUGUAGCAAAACCCUUAGUAGAUGGCCUGAUGAUACAUCAUAUGAAAGCUCACAAUAUAAUGUAAUGGAAAUGGAGUGUCCACAUCUACCACUCUAAGUCAUAAGCAAGCCAGGGAAAUUAACACAUGAGUAAUUCUAUGUUCUCAAUGUAGGAGUGCCUUAAUUUGUAAUUUAUACAUUAAAUAAAAUGAAUGGACUUCAUAGGAAUGAAACACUAAGUCUGUAAUUAUUCUGCACUAUCAUUCAGUGAAACAAGCCUUGGCGUUCUAAAAAAUAAUAUAACCAUGAAGACAUGAAAUAAAAAGGAACAGUCAUGAAAACAUAAAAUAAGAGAGAAACGUCUUUAUUAGAAGUAUAAAACCCCUUGGUAGAGAGGCAGAUAUUUCAUGAUGCUGAAUGCAUCCCAUGUAAAAUUAAGGGAAAUAAUUUAUCUAUCAAUUGGGGAGGUUGUGGGCAUGAGUUACUGUGUCUGAGGGAUUUUGUUUUAGGGGAUUGGACAAAGUAUUGGGUAUUUUAUGGCUGAGUCAUGGAGACCAGUGGUUGAAACGGUAUAGAAAAAUGUGAUUUGGGGUAAGUGAACAUGCUUCUGUUGCUUCUAAUGGGUCAGUGAUUGACAUUUUUGGGUCAAAUAUCUGCACUGUAAGAACAGACUAGUUUGCAUUGUUUUUUACCUUAGAAGGAACUAUACUUCAUCUUGGUAACUACAAUAUUUAUCAGAGGAUGAAAGGGUCCCACACACAGCUAAGUCAAGCUGAGGUCCAGAUAAUUCCCUAGGAUAUUCCUGGGACACUACUCCCAGGAAUGGGCCUGGCCUGGGCUUCAAAGGAUUGAGAACACCUUCUUGACCAAAAUGGGGGAAAUCAAAGGUAAGAAAAUAAGUUUCUGUGGCUGAGAGAUUUCAAAUAGAUUUGAGAGUCUCUCCUGAAAGUUACUCUUAAACAAGCCUCAGCUAGAUUUUCCAAGAAGCCACAGUAUGCCAAACCCAAAUCAACUGUAGUCCUGAAAAUCGUAAAGAAUACCCAGGUCCCUGUCUGAUACUCUAUAAAA